AUGGAGAGAAUACAAGGAGACUGUGCCAGUCCUGUGCCACCAGGAGAUGCAGAGAGGAGCAGGACUGGAGAGCAAGACCCAGAACUAAGUAUGUUGGCAAAAGCACAAGAGUUCUUUCAGAUUUGUGAUCUGGAGGGCAAAGGCUUCAUUACUCGUCAAGACAUGCAGAGACUGCAUCCUGAGUUACCUCUUAGCCUGGAAGAGCUUGAAAAAGUUUUUGUUACAUUGGAUGCUGAUGGCAAUGGCUCACUUACCCCAAAGGAGUUCAUCACAGGAUUCAGCCAGUUUCUUUUGGGGCAGAUGGCUUUGAAAAACGACAUGAUGCAGCAAUCAGAAGGUGAAACAGCCUGUUCACUUACAUAUGAAGAGACCAUGAGUGAUGAUGAGGAUGAAGAAUUCCAGUUCUCAAAUCUGAUGGAUCGGCUUGGAGCUAAAAGUGUUUCGGUUGAUGAGAGUGAAGUCAAACAACUCUGGCUGCAGCUAAGAAAAGAUGAACCUCAUUUACUUUCCAAUUUCGAAGAGUUCCUUGUCAGAAUUUUUUCCCAGCUCCAAGAAGCAGAUAAUGAGAAGAAGGAGUUGGAAUGUGCUCUAAAAAAGAAAAUUGCUGCUUAUGAUGAAGAAAUUCAACAUCUCUAUGAGGAAAUGGAGCAUCAAAUCAAAAAGGAGAAAGAACAGUUUCUCUUGAAAGACACAGAGAGGUUUAAGUCCUACAGUCAAGACCUGGAGCUUAAGCUGCGGUCAAAAGAACAAGAACUGGAACAAUUGGCUCAAAAACAGAAAAGGUUAGAGCAGCAAUGCACCGAACUCGUCAGUGGCAAAGAAGAAACCAAAGUAGAGAACACCAAGCUGAAGCUGACUAACCAGGAGCUGCUGAGAGACCUGGAGAGAACAUCACGCGAACUAAGCCUGGCUCAACAACAGUUAGGGGUGCUUCAGGAAGAGUCAUCAAGACUACAUGAGGAGAAGGAAAUGGAGGUGUACCGAGUGACAGAAACCUUACAGAGAGAGAAGUCAGGACUUCUGAAGCAGCUGGAUUUCUUAAGAGAGAGGAACAAACAUCUCAAAGAUGAACGUGACAUAUUUUUACAGAAAUGCAAAACAAGUGUUCCAAAAGCCAGCUGGAAGCAAAGAUCAGGGUCUGUCAUUGGGAAAUACAUAGAAGGCAAGAUGCUACCUAUCAGCCAUUCAUUUGAAGAUGAUGAUAUUUUCAAUAACUCACAGAGAAGGAAUUCUGCUGGACUGAAUGGAACUCUCUCUGAAGACCCUGAUGCUGGAGUUACUGGAGUAAUGUCUCCACAUCUCCAAAGAAUAAUAUCAAUUGAAGAAGAUCCCCUACCCCAGCUUCUUGACAGGCUGGCUGAUAAUCAGCUGAACAGAUGGACUGAAGAUGAUGACUAUACUACUUCUGAGAUGGAAAUGCAUAAGAAAAACACAGAGCAAUCAAUGGAACACUCACCAUCAUCUUGUAGAGAGCAGCCUGUAGGGAAGGAAACACUGUCAAAUGAGGAGAGAAUAAACUCUGUCCCAGAGCGCUUAUUCAAAAUUAUUUUUGUGGGCAAUUCGAGUGUUGGAAAGACUACAUUCUUAAGAAGAUUUUGUGAAGAUCAUUUUUUCCCAGGCACAGCUGCUACUGUAGGUGUGGAUUACAAUGUGAAAACCGUCACAGUAGAUAACACCCAGGUAGCACUGCAACUCUGGGACACUGCUGGCCAGGAACGGUAUCGAAGUAUUACCAAGCAGUUUUUCAGAAAAGCUGAUGGUGUCAUUGUGAUGUAUGAUAUAACAGCAAAAGACACAUUCUUAGCUGUCAAACAGUGGCUGAUAAGCGUUGAGGAGGCAGCUGGGGAGAGUAUGCCUCUCCUUUUGUUGGGCAAUAAAACUGAUAAUGAAAAGGAACGCGAGAUUCCUAAGGGAAUGGGAGAGCAUCUUGCUAAGGAUUACAAAUUAAUUUUCUAUGAAUGCAGUGCAUAUUCUGGGUACAAUGUGGAAAAGUCUGUACUUCACUUAGCUAGGAUUUUAAAGGAACAUGAAGAUAAAGUGAAAGAGAAAACUAUUCAACUUCAAGCGGAUAUGAAUAAAAAGUCUUGCUGUAGCAGGCAAUAA